AUGGACGCUUGGCUUUCCUCCCUACAGAGGUGCGCCUUUUAUGCUCUUCCGUUUUGUUGGGAGGGACUGGACCCAUUGCUGACCACUCAGUCUACCCCCCAAUAG